GUUCCUCUAUUUUGGGGUGGUUGGGGUGGCUGGGAGGGUGGAAGAGAAGAAAUGAAAGAAGAGGGGUCGUUCAGCCAAUGAGAAGAGAGCUUUGGUGUUUUUUUUUGUGUGUGGAACCUUCAUGUCUUGCUGUGUCGAUCCCAGGCCGAGACGUGACGUCGACGAAUGUAAUCGGCCCUUCAUUGGAUCCAAAAUGGCGGCUCAGACACGACAAGAAGCCGCCUCUAACAGCCAAUCGUGUAAAGCGCCCUGCGCAACGAUGGCUAGCUGCUGUUCCCUCUCUUCAUACACAAAAAUGAGAAGCCUACACAUUGCUUCAUUCGGACAAAUUCUUACCAUUUUUCCGCCAAGGUUUGACACAGACGUCCGUACAAAAUCCAUUGAGAGGACAUUUUUCCAGUCCACACCCCAAGGCUUCAACCGGAAUCCAAUAAUUCCAGUCAGACAUUACGAUACGCGUUUAAUGGCCUAUAUAAUAUUGAUACAGACCGCUCGCAAAAAGACGACACUCUUCUUUUUCGCACUUUAAAGCCCGUACAUGCAGCAGUGAUGUACACACAUAAUACAGAAUUGAUGCGAAUGACGA